AAGCUGGAGAAUAUUUAGACCGUUAUUAUCCGAAAUCGGUAAGGAGAACAGCAUGGGAACUGAAUCUUAGCAAUAAAGAUUUGGAAGGUGUUUUGGAUUUAACUGAUUUUACCAACUUACGAAAAUUAGAUUUUUCUCACAAUCCCAAAUUGGAUGCGGUUUGGUUGUCAGAGGAUAGUCUCAAGACUAUUGAAGAAUAUAAUAUUUCUGCCAGUGGUGCGAAGGGUAAAUGA